AUGAGCACGCUAGACGCGGCUUGGAAGCACACCUUCGGUUCAAAAUUCCACUCAGCUAUCAUGGCGACGAGCCGCGUGGUCCUUCUUACCGGGGCCUCUAGGGGAGUCGGCUUGGCUAUUGCGCAUUUCCUGCUUAGCCGAUCCCACAAGCUUGUUGUAGUAGCACGAACCGAGCAGCCUCUUCGCGAGCUCGAGAAGCAAUACAAGGACCAAGUCGCAGUGCUCGCCGGAGACCUAAGCGACCUGUCACUCGGAGCAGCAGCCGUCAACCUUGCGCAGGAGCGCUGGCAGCGAUUAGACGGCCUGAUCAUCAACCAUGGCGUUCUUGACCCGGUGAAGCGACUUGCGGAUUGCUCGACGGAGGAAUGGCGAGCCGCAUAUGAUAUCAACUUUUUCUCGGCCGUCGCAAUGACCAAGGCAGCACUCCAGCCACUCCGCGAGUCGCACGGCCGAAUCAUCUUUACAUCCUCGGGCGCGGCAUCAAAUGCAUACCCAACCUGGGGUGCUUAUGGUUCCGCAAAGGCCGCAAUGAACCAUCUCGCCAUGACCAUUGCCAACGAGGAGAAGGACAUCAUAGCAAUCGCGGUUCGACCUGGGACAGUGGAUACGGAGAUGCAGCGUGACAUUCGAGAGAAGCACAGCACGGCGAUGGAUGCAAGCGAUGCGAAGAAGUUUGCGGAGCUGAAAUCUUCAGGCAGUCUGCUAAAGCCUGAGCAGCCCGGUCAUGUGAUGGCAAGGCUGGUGCUCGAUGCUCCAAAAGAGCUCAGCGGCAAGUUCGUGCAGUGGAAUGGGGAGGAGCUGAAGGCGUUUCAGGAGUGA